AUGGUGACCAAGCAGGAACAUGAUGAACUCAUGGCAACUGCGGCAGUGGCAGAGCCCGAGAAGUUGAAGAUGUCUAAGGCUACCCAGACGGAGGCCUUCGCAUUCGCGGGUAGCCCCAGGAGUACGCCUGGCAUGAUUGCUAAUGACGAGCAAUCGCAGAAGCGUGUGAUGGAAGUGCACCGACCGAAGCACUCGGACAUCCGUGACUUUUACAUCGAAUCGCUGACGGAGGGCACAUCCUCCCCGGGGACCCACAUGGCACGUCACCACCAUCCGGUGGGGCGGUUCUUAGAUAGCAAUCAACUUUCCAAUUUGGGGAGCAGAAUCCAGGACGUGGCAGCCCCUGUGGACGACUUCCGACCGGAGCUGUCCAACACUUGGAUCGAUGAUUUGGAAGCGGAUUGGGCGGCCGAGCAUCCGCAUCGGAAGCAGCCGGGAUCCAAUGGCCGGACGCGUCUUGAUCCCAUCCGGUGGAACUCGAUCCAACCGAACAUCGAAGCUUACUUCGACGAGGGUGAUGACGAUGGUGAAGACGACGAGGAUGUGCUGGGCGGUUCCUUUCUUCCCCGGGACUGUCUCUGGCACGUGUGGAAACAGGAUCUGAUGUUCGAGGACCGGAUGGUGAUGAAUUGGAGCGUACCGGUGGUGGAUGCCGGGCUUGUUGGAUGGAGAAGCGGAAUCAGUAGCAGCAGUAGUAGUAGAGAUAGUAGUCACGAGGACAAAGGCCAACGCAACAGAACUGUCUAUUUUAGGAUAUUAUAUCGUACAAUGACCAGCCAUAUUGUUAACGAACUGAUUUACACAAUGGUGCUUUUAAAAGAAUGUAACUUACUACUUAAGGAAACCUCGGGAUCUCUCGACUCCGGAAAGCUGCCCGCGGAGUACGACGACUGUAGAAUAGGCUUCCCCUCGCGAUUGGAGGACCUGCAGCAGCAGCAACAACAGCAAUUGCCACCGGGACUGGUGGUACAACUAACGAGGCUCAAUAUACCCUGCCGUACCGACGGUGGCUAUCUCAAAUUUAGUGACUCCAUCUCUGGCGGUAGUGCAGAUGGAUGGUUUGGUGGUGGUAGUGAGGGUGCGGUCAACGGUGAACGCCGCUUCGGCAUGCAGCCGGGAGUUUUGUGCGGGAAGCUCGAAGAACUGCCCAAACACGAACGGACGUUCUACUUUCAGAGGCAUCGCAACACCAGCCUGACGGUGCACAAUCGGGCGGUGUUUAGUUUUAACUUUAGACUAGUGGAUUACUGUUACAAUGUAACGCUAAGUGAUAGGAACAGUUCGGUGCUACUGAGGCCUUUGCGAGGUCUGGACUGCCGCUUCAAGAUACAUCUGCCGUACGGAAACCGGGUGCGGCUACGACUGGUGGCCAACGGUGCAGGGGAGUCUGUCAAUUCUAGUGUGGUGGUUAGGGAGCAGGUAGAUUUGGGCGCGAUUCAGGGCGGAGGAUUUACGCCCCAGUGCUUCGGAGGACUUCGCGUUGAAGUCUUUGAACUACCGCAGAAUCGGUGGGUGCAAUGCGUAGAUAGCUACAGUAGAGCAGCGGAGUAUACGUUGCUAUCCAGUGAUAAUAGCAUAGUGAUUCAAGUCAACAAGAACCCACUGCUGGCGGCCUUGGAAGCCGUAGCAAAGACAAACGAAAGCAGUAGUAGUAGUAGCAGUAUUAGGAAAUCAGUGCCAUCGCUACUCAUCGAAUACAGUUCGCAUCCGAUCGAGAACGUCAUUUCACAAUGUGCCUUCGGAUGGAUCGCAAGUAAUCAGUUCUGUAUCGCCCCGUUUGAGGCCGAAAGGCUCAGCUGGAUGGAGGCCGAACGGGAGUGCAACCACCAGGGAGGUCAUCUGGCCUCGAUUCGAUCGGUCGCGGACCAGAAACUGGUCGAUCAGCUUUUGCUCAAAAGUCCUGGCUAUCGGGACGGAAAUGCCUACUGGAUUGGGGCAUCGGAUAGGAUGCUGGAAGGAGACUUCCGGUGGAGCGACAAUCUGCCCUUUACGUAUUCCAAUUGGUUUCCCGGUUGGAUCCAGCAGGAGAACUACAAUCGACAACCGAACGAUGACGGCUUGAGCGGACAGGACUGCGUGGAGAUUCGACGCCAGUUCCAGACGCCUCCGGGGAUUUUAUCGAGCGUAAGUCCUCUGGCACAGUCGUACAUGUGGAACGAUCGGGACUGCGAUACGCGGAACUUUUUUCUCUGCGAACGGCUAGCUGUUGAAGAGCCACUAGAGAAGACCUGGCACGACGAUUGCAACAAAACGAUCUCCCUGACGAUGGAUCGCCCAAAGGCAACCAUCUGGAGUCCGGGGUUUCCGAGGCCUUAUCCGGACAACGUAAACUGCCUGACAAUGAUCACUGCCCCUCCCGGCUAUCGGAUAGUGGUAGACUUCGAGGAACUAGUUCUUGAAAAUGAACCACUGUGCACUUACGACUAUCUCCAAAUCCUGGAGCCACCGGCCAACAUGUCCGCCGCCUACAUCAAGCAACCUUCCCGCUCUGCCUUCGGCGGAGUGCCGCCGCUCUUCCAGACGCGCAAUCCGUGGCACAGCACAAGUCGCUACUACGUACGCCGCCGCAAAUCGAACUUUCUGCCCUACAAGCUCGACCUAACCGAUCGCCUAAUGUCGACCUUCACCAGCAAAACCCCAAACCUCAUCCUCCAGCCGGAGGAUCCCAGCUACAACCCACGGCUUCCACCGCCGGACCUCUACACCGGCCGUGUCCCGCGCAAAGUCUGCGGCGACUGGAGCUCCAAGCUCAAACUGCUCCGGCACACGACCAAGGGACCGCUGCUGGCGUUGCGGUUCGUGUCCGACUAUUCCAACCACUACGGCGGCUACAAGGCCAAAGUUGCCAUGGAAAACGGAAAGCUAGCUGGCAAGCAAGCGACGACGACCGACGACGGAUGGCUGCUAGAUGGGAAAAUCAUGUUCAGAAACCAUUCGUUAUCUCGUAGGAAGACUUCUUGUUCGUCGGCGGCACGGUGGUACCAGACCAACUUUGACAUUAAUUCCAGAGACGACACUUCGUAUCCUGCGACUACUCCCUUCCGGUCGGCGAUGGUGCCACCUCGAGACGUGCCACGUGCCGAGCCGACACGUCCUUUCGAGUGCGCGAAGAGCAUCGUCGUGUUUCUAAGCCAGCCGACUGAAGAGGCUGCCACUAGGCUGCCUGCCGUAAGAAAGGUCAUCAUGAUCGACAACGACCUGCCGGAAGAAGAAAGUGAUCCGACGAGAAAAACGCCAUUAUUGCUGAUUAAGGUCUAUGCCAAGGAGCUGGAGCUGCGCUACCCAGAGUACGAAGCAGCUCACCGAGAAGUGCUGGAAGCGACUCCGAUACACAAGUCCUUCGACAUCGGAUCUAACGGAUCUCUUUGA